AUGUCCGAGCAAUCACGACGAACAUUACAGCCAUCUUCACUACCUAAUGCAGACUCCCUAUUCUGGCUAUGGGGAUACCAAGACGGCUCCUUGACGGACGCAAUGUCUGACCCGGAUAUGUUCCCGCAGCUCUCGACGUUGUUCACAGAGAGCAAUGCAGAAAGCCCAGUACCCGAAUGGAUGGAGAUGGGUUCUCGUCACUGCAUAGAUUUGUUGCAGUCUCCGCAGCCCUCGGCCAAUGAGCCAGAAGAGAACCAUGAUGGCACCGUGCCACGUCUUGCUUCCUCAACGACAGCUUCUCCUGCAAUGCACAACCCGCAUUCCACCGCGUCAGAAUCGUGCGAUUCGAGUACGCCAGCGCCCAUGGUGCAGCAAAUAUUGAAGCUCAUGGCCGAAAUUCAGAGCACGUUGGAUACGCUAGCAAGGAGCCGCUGGGCAUCACAAGAGAGUCAGGUUGACUUACAGGAAUAUCCCGUGGGGUCAGUUUUGUCCCUGGCCAACGCUUUUGAAAGGUUGCUUUGUUGCUUCCAGCGACCAGCACGCAAAGAUUCAGUAGAGAUUCCGCCUCGAGACAUGUGUGAGUCGCACGGCCACCGUCAAUACUCCACGCUGUCGCCCUCUGAUCAAAGGACUGUGACGCGAGAAGACGGUUCGUUCACGGAUACAUCUACCAUUCUGCUGCUUUUGAGCGGCUACUUGCAGCUAGAAAAUCUCUUGACGCUAGUAUUGACGCAGUUUGAAAGUUUUCUCCGCCGAGAGGACGACGCGUCGCUUGGUCACAACGCUACGGCCGCGGUGAGCAAAAGCGAUAGGCUUCGUCUAGGAGACCUCUCGUCAGCAUACGAGGGGUACGGCAAGAUCCUGCUAGCUGUUCAGCUGCUUUUGGAUGCAUUUCAACCUAUCGAAUCUUUGAUAGGGCUUCCCGAAUCUUUGCAAAUCCUGCCGAGAGGGGAAGCGGCCACCUGCAAUGUACAGGGACCAAGACAGCCCGAGCCGGCCUCCUGCAUAUUUGAAUCCAAAUUGACACAAUAUAUUCUUUUACAAAGAAAUGGCCAAGAUGCUGGAAAUCAUGGUCUUUUGUCGGCAAAAGCGCAUUGGCUACGGAUGCUCUUACGAGACAGGAUGAGCUUGGGUUGGCACAACAGUGCAGCAAAUGUUAGAGGGGGCACGCUAGACUGA